GUGGUCCCGGCAGGCGGCGCUGUGCGGCCGCCGCCACCAUCGCCGCUCGGAAGCGCUCGCUGGCUCCUGGGGGCGGCGGGGCUGCGCCGCGCCGCGCCGGGCCUGGGCGCCUGCGGCUCGUGUUCCCUGGCCGGGGAAGGGGCUCCGGGCCGGGCCGCGGCGCCGGCUCUCGGCGGCGCCAUGGGGAAGCGGGAUAACCGGGUGGCUUAUAUGAAUCCCAUAGCUAUGGCCAGAGCACGAGGUCCUGCCCAAAAUUCAGGACCAACAAUACAGGACUACUUGAACAGGCCAAGACCAACAUGGGAAGAAGUAAAAGAACAACUAGAAAAGAAAAAGAAAGGAUCCAGGGCUUUGGCUGAGUUUGAAGAAAAGAUGAAUGAGAACUGGAGGAAAGAACUGGAAAAACAUAGGGAGAAAUUACUGGGUGGAAGUGAGAGUUCCUCCAAAAAGAAAGAGAAAAAGAAAAAGGAAAAGAAGAAAUCUAAUAGGUUGUCUUCAUCUUCUUCUUCUUCAUCAAGCUCUGAUUCUUCCAGCAGUGCAUCUGAUUCAGAAGAUGAGGAUAAAAAGCAAGGGAAGAAAAGAAGGAAGAAGAAGUAUCGCUCUUCACGGAAGUCUUCUGCAAGCUCAACUUCUGAGUCUGAGUCAGACAGCAAGGACAGCAUUAAAAAGAAAAAAUCAAAGGAAGACCAUGAAAAAGAGAAGGAUGGCAAAAAUCAUCACAGGAAAAGGAAGAAAGCUGAUCGUGGUGAUGGACCUUUAUCAUCAGAAUCCUUAUCAGAAUCAGAUCAAACAGAGCAGGUGCAAGUGAAAAAGAAGAAAAACAAUGAGGAAAAAGAGAAAGCAACAGCAAGAUAAAACAAAAAAGAGAAAGAAGCAUAAGAAACAUGGUAAAAAGAAGAAAAAGAAGAUUGCUGGUUCAAAUUCAGAUUCAGAAUAAUAUUAAAAAAGCAAGACUAUCCUUUCAACAAAAGUGCAAUGACUAAAGGAAACUUAAACUGUGAAAUGAUGGCAAACUUUACCAAACUGCAUGAGUUUUCCUGUGUUUUAGAAAUAUUCCUAAUAUUUCAGAAGCCAGCCAGAUGCAGCUGGGCUUGGAAAGACCAUUGUUGUUGCCUGCUGCUUAAUAUAUGGGGUACAACUUUUACAAAAUUCCAGUUAAUAAUGUUAGAUGUUUGAAACAAUAUGAGAUGGUAGUCCAGCUAAGAUGUAAAAUAUUGGAAAAUAAGAGUCAACUUUUUAGAUACUAAAAGUAGUGUUUUAAAAAGAAUUAGUAAUAGUCUUAAUUUGUAAAUCAGGACAAACAAAAUCCCAAAUUCGUCUUUCAGGUUAAUAUAGUAUGUAAACUAUUACAAGCUGAUGCCUGCUUUUGGCAUUUACAAAAUGGGAAUUUAAUGAUGACAUUUAAAUUGCUAUCUUUGUAGAAAUGUUUAGCAUAUGCCCCAUUACCAUCUUUAUGCUUGUGGGAAAGGGAAUGCUACCAUUUUGGCUAACUGAAUAGGGUGCCUUUGCCUUUGAUCCUUGCAAAUCUCUGCUAUUUUUAAUCCAUGCAGCCUCUCUGAUUCUAGGGAGGUCACAGCUAUUGUCAGCAGACUUUUUCUGAAUAAGCAGUUCUGGGCCUCUAAGCAUGUGCUUCUGCAUUAAGCAAAAGCAAUGACAUUUUGCAGCAUAACUGACAUUCAAAAACUAAGGAUUUUACCUCUGCUUCUUUGAAAUAGAUCUGUGCUAGUAAAUAUGCGUAUUUCAUUAAUGUAAUUUGGUUUAAUUGAACACUUCUGGCAAACACUGGUUGCUUUAUUUCUUUGCUUUAUCUUUAGAAUUGUUUUGCAUGUUUUGUACCAUUUUUAAAUUAACAAAAUACAGGUAAUCAUUCGCUGUAACCAGUUUUAUGAAUUAUGUUCCACAUGCAGAGUUUCAUGUAUGUAUUUAGUUAUUCUUAAAGUUCAUUGCCGUGUUUAAAUGCACACUUGCUGAAGAUAUUUAGCAUGUAAAAAGCAGAGUUUUGAUAUCUAACAGCUUCAUAUUGAAGCUGAUUUUACUCUAAGCAAGUUCAGUGGCAGACCUGUUACGUGAUGUGUCUUGUUAUAUAAAAAUACUGCCAGAAUCUCAUUAAAGAUACUGUUUAAACA